AUGUCGUCAUCUUGCCCUUUUUGCCACCUAAAUAUUCCCUUGGCUCAGCUAGAACGGUAUAUCUCCUGUCUUUUGUAACUUAGUUUCAAUCAUCAAAUAUUUAGUGCUCAAUAGUUCUACUUUCACCUCAAUAUUGUAAAUCUGCCAAACUUUUCUGUUGUAUGAUUAACUAAUACUGAAUUCUCAUAAUCACAGGCAUGCUAACAAGCACCUUGAGGAGGAUGAACUCGCAAGGGACAUGGAUCUAGCCCAGAAAAUUGCACUAGCCCCUCCUAGUCCACCACACAAAGUAUGACCAUGCUCAUGUAUAACAUUUUUUCAGGCCAUUAUUAUCCGUCAUUUACAUGUGUAAAAAUACAACUGUGGUUAUUCGUUUCAUUGUUUGAGCUUCCGAAUGUGUUUGGAUUCAUGCUGAUUUGUUGUGAUCUAGUGGCAAUAAUUUUCCUUUUAUUUAAUAUUUAUUUUUGACCAUUUUAUUUAAUAUUUAUUUUUGACCAUUUUAUUUAAUAUUUAUUUUUGACCAUUGUUCAUUUAUGGUCAGGUAACCUUUGUUCAUUUAUGAUCGUUCUUUCUGUUUUUUUUUUUUUUUUUUUGGUUGCGUGAAAUGACCUCGUCAAAUAUGUAUGGGAACUCUUUCGAGCUCAUCUAUCAUCUAUCAUCUGAGUUAGUUUAAAUCGACUAGGAUCUUUGCGAUUUUUGUGCUAUACAGUACAAUGUGCGUGCAGUUUGCACUGAUUUGCAAAGACAUGAAGUACGAUUGACUCCAUAUCUGCAACUUUCUGCUUUGGUCUGGCAAUGAGUUGGUCAAAUCAAUAUAUUCUCGGACAUAGCACUUUCUGGGCUUAUCAGAGACCAAUCCAACACGUGGGUCAGACUGAGUUGAUUCAUAAUGAAUUUUUUUUGAACCAACCUUGAUUUUGUGGCUUGUGAAAUACUUCAUAUUAACUAAGUUUAGGACUUUUACCUACUGAUUGUAAAAGUUGAAAUGAAGGCUUCCAUCAGAUUUAUGCGUCAUGUUUUUGAUACUUUUUGUGAUACAUAGCCUGCUUUCGUUUUAUUUUGUUCGAUGAUUGUUAACGUUCUUACAGUUCUAACUGAGCUCUUGUAUUCUUGCGGAAUUAUGGCUUAUUUUAACUUGGAAACUUUUCAAGGCCAUCACCUACCUAUCGUGAAUAAUUCUGCUGUAGGCAUUCUAUGUUGUUGUCUUUUCAGAUAUUUGAACAUUGUUACAAUGUAUUUAAAUGUAAUCUUACAAUACUAACAGAAGACAUUUGAUUGAUCGUACAAGUCUGCGUGUAAAUUAAUCUUGACACUAAAUGAUCCAUUUUCAGGAUCAGGCGGUGGAGGUUACUGCUUCAUUUGGAGAUUCAUCCAAGAUAUCGACAAAAUGCAACAUCUCAAGGAAUUGUAAGCCGAGACUAGACAAGUAUUCUAUUUCUUUUAUCGUUAGUUCACAGACUAGAGGCUCCUUCCAUAAAGUUGAGGGUGGACUGAUGAUGUUGUUGAGUAGAUGCUUGGAUAUGGAGAGUGACAACGUGAAAAGUGUGAUAUGUGGCUAUGUUGAUCAUUUCCAGAGCACCGAGAUAGAAGAUUUCGGUUGGGGCUGUGGCUGGCGGAAUAUUCAGAUGCUGAGUUCUCAUUUAUUGAUGGAAAGACAAGAAGCAAAGGAAGUUAUUUUUGGUGGUUCAGGAUUUGUUCCAGAUAUUCCUUCAUUACAGCGAUGGCUUGAGCUUGCUUGGGAAAGAGGUUUUGAUGGUCUUGGUGCAAAAUCAUUUAAUUACAAGAUUGCUGGCUCUAGGAAGUGGAUAGGCGCUACUGAGUGUGCCACACUUUUCCGUUUUUUUGGGCUUAGAGCAAGGAUAAUUGAUUUUGAUGGUGAACUAGUUAAAUCAUCAGAGUCAUCUGCUGAUUUGGGUAAGAAAGCCAAAAGAAAAGAAAAGGACGUUCAUGGUCCAAUGGAUAAAUUUCUGCUCCAUACUGUCAUGCAUGACAAAUCAAGACAUGCCUCUCAUGUUUCAGGCAAAACUGAUAGUGGUAAUUGUUUGAGGAAGACUAAUGGUCCCCAGGUCCUUGUUGAUUGGGUGUGGAACUAUUUCAAUUCUGGGGUUUCUGGUCAAUGCUCUCAUCAAGUUUCCAUCAGUGAGAAAAUGUGGGUACUUAAUCAAUUUGUUUCCUAAGGAACUUUGAAGCUGGUUCAUGUUGAUGUGAUUUUUAUGACUAAUAUAUGCUUUCUUGUGUUGUAUUUUGUUGAUGGCACGAUGAACAGGCCUCUAUACUUUCAGCAUAAUGGUCAUUCAAGGACAAUUGUUGGCAUCCAAGUGAAGAAGGGAACACAAGGAAUGCCAGAUGUAUACAAUCUCCUUGUUUUAGAUCCCAGUCAGGCACGUCUCUAUUACUGUCUUCUUAUUAUUUAAUGCUAGGAUAAGAUGCAUAAAGAAUGUAGAAUAUAUCAUUUACAACUGUUGAAAGUAGCAAUAAGAUUUAACCCUGUCUUGGGAUUGAGUGUUCACACGUAAUGACUCGCUAUACAUCAGGUGAAUGCAUGUAUAUGUCUAAUAAUCCAUGCAAGGUACACAUCAAUUUAUUAAAAAAGUAUUUUAAAACAGACAAAAUCUAAAAAAUUAUGGGUCAACUAUUUUUUAUUUUUUUCAUAAAACUCAUGAAUUCUUAAGCCUUAAAUCGUCAACAACCAUUGUUGUGAAAUUGCCAUCAAUCAUGUUCUUCUUAUUCUCUCACUCUUAUACUAUUCCACUCCUUUAAAAUGGCUGGAAAGGGUUACAUGCAGUGUGAACUGCACAGAAACGCGAUUUCCCUGGAGUUGACUUCUGGCCUAUGUAUCGAUUUCUCAGCAAGUACGGGAGAUCCGUCUGAAUCUUGGGCAUCAUCGUCCUCCUUUCGCAUCAGAAUGAAAAAGACCUAGCAACUGUUAUGAGUGGAUCUGCUGCUAUCCUAUAUAGAGUUGGGAAACUAGCUUGGAAGCAUCUCUCGCAAAACAUGGCUGAAAUACAGCUAUUCCAAUCCUUCCGAAGUAUAACUCUUUUCCAACUGUCUUCCUGCCAUCCCUAAUUUCUUUCUUUGAAGUAUACUUCAUCGCACCUUGGAGAUAUCAAUAGAGGCAUUAAGAUGGAGGUAACAAACUAUGUCUCUUCGUAAUAAUUCUGCUCAAUGUUCCCCUGCCUAUCCCUCUUCCUCUACCCCUAAUGUGCACAUAUUUGGCGAGCAUUGUCAAAUUAAAGUCUUUGACGUUGAGUAUUCCUACAUAUUUAUUUGUUUUGGCCUUGCACACUCGCUCCCCAAUUGACAUCAUGCCAAUGGUUGCAUCUUCCAUCACGACCCUGCCUGAAUAAACUUCUCUGAACAUGAUACCUUUCCACUCUGCCUUCAGAUCCUCUCUUUCAUGUUUGCUCCUACCUUGCUUCCCCUAAACACAUCAGGACCUUCAAUCUGCUGCAGAAUCCUGCCUUUUUUUUCCUGUUUGAUCAUUUCGUUGACCCCACAUUUAGCCAAUUAUUGUGCUGUUCUUCAAAGCAUUUUGGUCAACGAUGCCAGAGCCGAACGCCCCCUCAAAUCAUCCUGAUAUAGAUCAUCGUUGCCAUACUCUCUUGCCCAAACUUGUUCAAGUUGAAAGAUCCACCUUCUCCCAUUCACAUUUCUGGCUUACGUUGAAUUAGUUUUUGUGGUCUUUCUAGACAAAAUCCUUCUAUAUUUGGGAACUGUUCCCAAUGAAUUGAAGCCAGUAACAUGUCCAGCUUAGAGAAGGAUUAGCUUUGAAAAAACAUCCAAUGAAGGUGGAGUAUGAAGAACAAACAUCAACAUACAUAGACUGUCUCAGAAGGUGGAGUAUGAAGAACAAACAGCAACAUAGACUGUCUCAGCAAUGAAGUUUUAGAAAUCCCCCUUCUCUCCCUCAUAUAUUACAUCUCUAGACCACUCAGAAAUGGGCAUAUAUAUUGCAUUGAGAGUUUUAUCCUCUCUGGUAUGGAUCAAUUUUCAGGUCUUCAUUUAAUUGGGGGAGAGAUGGAGAUGGAGAUGGAGAUGGAGAUUGAGAUUGAGAAAACGCAGUUCCGAUCCAUAGUUUAAAGUAUACAUGUUAUAAUUCCAUUCCCUCUUGUUUAGGGAGAGUGUGGGGGGCUCGUGUGUUUGUUCAACUCUAUCUUCUCAGACAUUACUCACUUCUAAAGGUGAAAGGUUCUACAGCUUCUCAAAUUCUCAGAUUGUUCAGCUCUUCUCAUCUUAACCUCUCUGCAUUCUAACAGAAUACAGCAGCUCUAGAGAGAUCGCUCCUGGAGAAGAAGGGAUGGCAACAACUGAUUAAGAGGGGAUUGCACACUUUGAAGAAGACUCAGUAUCAGGUUAUUUUGACUUUCGUAGCUAAACAAGCUUUGACUAGCAUCUGGUAACAGAUCUCUAUUUUUUCUUCUUCUUCUUUUUUGCUUUAGUUAUGCUUCGUUGACAUUGGGAUUGCACAUGGAGAGGAGAUAGAGCGUAUGAAGCUUCUGGACAGUGUGCUCAUCAAGAUCUAG